AUGAAUAUGUUGGAUGAUGAAGAUGACCAAAGCUUCCACGCUACGCGUGACGGCUACUCCCAUUUGAGCGAUGUCGAAUGGGAUGCGGUUGAACGAAUGGGUUCAACCAUGGGCAUCCAUACUGUUAGCGUCAUGCUAGAGACUCUCAAUAGAGAUGCCCAACAUGCUACUAUCGCCAAGUUCAUUCAAAAUGAACUUGACGCUGAACGCGAGAAAUUUGAACUGUUGAGAAAGCAGCAGCAGGCUGCUGCUGGCGGGUCGAUGCACUCGCGUCGACCCGAGACCUUGAAGAUUGACAUCUCCAAGUACAGGGGAGUCAAAGAGGACUCCCUCUUGAGAUGGUUCGUCGAAUUGGAUGACGCCAUAAGGGCGCGUCGCAUCGACGACGGGGAUAUGCAAGUUGCAUUUGCCCAGUCAAAUCUGGCAGGACGUGCCAAGACUUGGGCACUGGGGCUCAAGUUGCACGACCCAUAUGCUUUUGGGUCGUUGGAAGCCUUCAAGUCGCGGCUCAGACAAACGUUUGAACCGCCUAGAGCUGAGUUCAGAGCUCGAACCGAACUCUUGAAGCUCAAGCAGGGUAAGCGUGAUGUGCACGCUUACGCGCAACAUAUACGACAUCUCACGAGUUGUAUAAGUUCCAAUCCGGUGGAUGAACACACGUUGGUUUCGGUGUUCAUGCAGGGUCUUGCGGAUGGUCCCGUCAAGACUCACCUGUUCCGGCUUGAACUAGAUUCACUAGAACAAGCCAUUUCCAUUGCGGAGCAGGAAGACUUCAGUCUGAGACAGGCUCGCGCCAGCUCGACAUCAUAUCGUCAACCGAGACGAUAUGACAACGGAGGUCCAGAGCCGAUGGAACUCUGUUAUGUAGAGAGCGAGAAGGCUCGCUCUACAGGCUACAAGAAGUUGCAGAGAUGCAACAGAUGUCAAAAGACAGGACACUACGCUUACGAGUGUAGUGCCCCUCGUCCAGUGUCUCGCGACACUGGGCGUAGUGACCGUCCACCCAUGAGAAAGGGGCAGGGACGAGGGUCCGCUGUUGGUGCAAAGACGCAACAACGGGAUGGACCGUCAAAAAACGGACAGGAUCAGUAG